AUGGAUCCCUCCACAGGGCCGGGCACACCGUCCCAUCAGUCCAAGUCCCGCGACAGCUCGACCGCCGCAUCGCCCACUGAUACUCGUCACCAGGCCGCAAGGUUUGACUCUUACGUCGCUUCUCGCGACGAAGGCCUGUCCGAGAGUUUCCAGUCCUUCCAAUCCACCGACACGGUGCGGAGGCGCCCAGAGGGUGGCUACGGCUCCGGCUCGCAAUACCUGGGCGAAGCUUCAGCUCACGAUCGUUCACAUUCUCGCCCUGCCCAAACUGCCAGAUCGCCCAUGAUGGGUCCCGAACGCCCUAAGGCCUCGAGGCCCCGAAAGCCACCGAUGCCCCGUCGACUUUCCACGAACCCAUCCGCACCACACCGCGGUGAGGUUUUCUCCGCCGACGAUGACAUCUACGAGGUUGAGGCAGACGCCACCGAGCGUCAUCAAGGCCAGCGCACCACCACCGCAUACAGUACCCGCCGCAGACCCCAGCUGGCAACCACUCUGUCGCGCGUGCAGUCCUCCCGCAGCGAGGAUGGCCAAGACGACGGAGACGAGGACGAGGGCCCUAGAACCCCCCGAGCCGAGGAUACCGUACCGGACGAGUUGGAACGAGACCCUUCGGUACGCCCCGAUGACGACGACGACGAGGAUAUCGGUGCUGAGUCUGAUGGCGACGUGAGCGACGCAGAGAGCUUCACCCUCAAGGACCGUCAGCAAGCCAUCAACCAGACACAUCCGUUCGGUAUACGAUUGUGGAAGCCUGCGCUGUACAAGAAGGACCGCUCGGUGCAGAAGAAUGCCGAGGGCGACAUUCAUUCCUCCCCCGGUGGCAGGGUUCACAGCUGGCUUCUCUUCUUCAACCUCCUUUGGACCUUGUUGUUUGGCUGGUGGAUGGCAGCUUUCUCGGCCCUCGGCGCACUCGUGUGCUUCUUGUUCGCCGCGACCCCGAGCGGCAGGGAGUAUGGCAGGGUCCUCUGGGGACUGGCCGGCUACCUGUUCUACCCCUUCGGCAAGUAUGUCCGUCUGGAGCAGGACGAGGCCUACCUGGACGAGGACCAAGACGAGGGACGAAGCAUUUCCGAGUACGAGCAGUGGCAAAGUGGUGACCUGGAGUACGGUCGGCUCUUCUUUGGCCCAGAGGGCUCUGAACGUAACCGAUCCAUCGUGGGCCGCUCGCGAAGGAGCAUCGACUCGGAACCGAGUGAGACAGACAGUCUUUUGGGUCGCUCUGGACGCGGCGAGCGAAGCCAGACUCCGCCGCAGACCAAGCGUCGGCUAUUCGGAAGGGGUCAGUGGAACAUUGGACGGGUGGUCUUCUUCCUGUUCUUCUACCUGCUGCUUUCGCCCUCGCUGAUCCUGGUCUCUCUGAUCUGCUGGUUCUUGGUCUUCUCGAUCCCCAUGGGCAAGGUCACCAUGCUGCUGUUUGACCAGCUGCGGCGUCACCCCUUGGCGCUCUCGUUCGAGUCCGACAUAGUGCUCGCCCGCACUGCCGACACGCCCCAUUCGUCCAUUUUGCUGUGCACCUACCGCGCGGUGGGCAUCAAGUAUUGGAAAUACACCAUCGACGGCACCAACGUGUUUCUGAUCAACCUCAUGGGUGUCGUCUUCUUCGUCAUCUUUGACUGGCUCAUCCUCGACAACGUCCUCCAUCUGCAUCUUUUCAUUACCUCGCCGGCCUUCCUCUUCAUUGCCGGUCUGUUCUCCAUCGUUCCGCUAGCCUACUUCAUCGGCCAAGCUGUCGCUUCCAUCUCGGCUCAAUCAUCCAUGGGGGUCGGCGCUGCCAUCAACGCGUUCUUCUCAACCAUUGUCGAAGUCUUCCUCUACUGCGUCGCCCUUAACCAAGGCAAGGGUCAGCUGGUCGAGGGAAGUAUCGUGGGAAGCAUCUUCGCGGGCAUACUCUUCCUACCCGGUCUUUCCAUGUGCUUUGGCGCCAUCAAGCGCAAGACGCAGCGGUUCAACGCCAGGUCCGCAGGCGUCACUUCGACGAUGCUGCUGUUUGCCGUCCUUGGGGCUUUCGGCCCUACUCUCUUCUAUCAAAUCUACGGCACCCAUGAGCUUAACUGCCUGGACUGCGUCAACCACAGCGGCAUCGGCGGCGGCAUCGGCGGCGGCUUGUCUCCCGUCGGCGACGGCCGCGACUGUAAGCGAUGCUUCUUUUCUCAGACCCCGGCCCUGAACGAUCGCUUCUACCUCGAAGCCGUUCGCCCAUUCUGCUAUUUCUGCGCCACGUUGCUGUUCCUUUCUUACAUUGUGGGACUUUGGUUUACCCUGCGAACUCACGCCGCUGUCAUCUGGAACUCAGAGAUCGACGAGAAGAAACACGAGGAGGCGCACGCACACGCACACGCCCAUGCCAGACAGUCGGGCCCUCACUCAUUCGCCGAAACCACUGGGACUUCGGUCGAUGUCCGCGACUCUCAUCUCUACAAGCGCAUUCUCGGCCAGUCGCUGAAGCAGGUGGGCCUUGCUACCAAGGGCGACGACACUUCCCGUCAUGGCUCCGUCGCUGGACUGGGACUGAGUACUGGCAACGGCAGCGUCAGCAUCCCGCAUGUCGUGCCCCCCAAGUCGAGCGGUAGUGACACAACACGCUCUGUCGUCCACAUCCCGGGAUUCUCAGAGGCAGAGAACAACGCUCUCGUCCGCGAGGUUGCAGAGAUGGCGGCCACCGCGGCCACCAUUGCAGCGAGGGAGCGGAUGCCUCGCAGGAUCUCGGCCCAGCCCGGCAGCUCAACUGGGGCCACUCCUCGCCCUCCUGCUCUGCGCACCGCAACAUUGGCCGAGAACGAGGACCUCGCGGCUGCCAGUACUGCCCAAGUGCCCCACGGUGGCCAUGACGCUCCGAAUUGGAGCCGUGGCAAGAGUGCUUUUAUCCUCAUGGGAGCCACCGUGCUCUACGCCAUCAUCGCCGAGAUUUUGGUUGACACCGUUGAUGUCGUUCUCGAGGGCUUCGCCAUCGACGAGAAGUUUCUGGGUAUCACUCUUUUCGCCCUGGUUCCCAACACGACUGAGUUCUUGAACGCCAUCUCGUUUGCGAUGAACGGCAAUAUCGCACUCUCCAUGGAGAUCGGUUCUGCUUACGCGCUGCAAGUCUGUUUGCUCCAGAUCCCAGCACUGGUGCUGUACUCUGCAUUCUACGCCACCACCGAGGGCGUCGAGGACGUGAGCGCGCACACGUUUGCGCUCCUGUUCCCUCAAUGGGAUAUGGUGACGGUGAUAAUCUGUGUCUUCCUGCUCAGCUACAUGUACGGCGAAGGGAAGAGUAACUACUUCAAGGGCAGCAUUCUGUUGCUGAGUUACCUCGUAGUUGUUGUCGGCUACUACUUCUCUGGAUACACCGAGGACGCCAUGAGCGUCAGCCGCUUCGAUGUCAUGGGAGCCGACGGACAGUACUCAUCUUUCAAGACCAUUGGCCGCAGUAUGAAUGGCGCUGUUCUUCAAGGAUAG